ACGUUAAGCGCCAGUAGCCCAUCCUCAAGACACGCUCUCGACGCCAUGGCCAAGUCCAAGAAGUACGUGGCCUCCGAGGUCUUGCUGUUGUCGAGGUGCUGAUUAUGCGGCUCGCACCGAAUUCAGCCAUACCAACCACAACCAGAGCCGCAAGGCGCACCGCAAUGGCAUCAAGACGCCCACGAGCCACAGGACAAGGUCGAUGAAGGGUGUUGAUGCCAAGUUCCGCCGCAAUGCGAAGUAUGCGUUGGUCGGUUCAGUGCGUCACAAUCUACUCUCUUCUCCAGCUGGCAUCCUGACGUUAUGUUGACCCGCAGCGAAAAGCGCGUUUGGAGGCAGAGGCAUGACCUUCCCACCGAUCAUCGGUUCCCUCCAUUCGAAUCGCCGUCGAGAGCGCCAUACGUUGAGAGAGGGGAUCCACCCACUCUUGGGCACGGCGCGUCACCAUGUAUCCUAUCACUUCCGCUAUCGUCGCAGCCCCAUGUGUAUGCACUGCAGUAUGCUUAGGCACCUCCACGCACGCAGAAAACAAAAGCCGAAAAA